AUGCUGGAGGGAAUCCUGCUAGAGACCCACAGAGAGAGACUGAAAGAGACAGACAGAGAGCAGUCCAGCCUGGGAAACAGAGAAUAUCAGAGGAAGGAAGAGACAGAAGGAGAGAGGCAGAAAAAGAGACAGACAGAGAGAGGAAGAGACAAAGUCAGCAGUCCAGCCAGGGAAACAGAGAAUAUCAGAGGAAGGAAGAGACAGAAGGAGAGAGGCAGAAAAAGAGACAGAGAGAGGAAGAGACAAAGUCAGCAGUCCAGCCAGGGAAACAGAGAAUAUCAGAGGAAGGAAGAGACAGAAGGAGAGAGGCAGAAAAAGAGACAGACAGAGAGAGGAAGAGACAGUCAGCAGUCCAGCCUGGGAAACAGAGAAUAUCAGAGGAAGGAAGAGACAGAAGGAGAGAGGCAGAAAAAGAGACAGACAGAGAGAGGAAGAGACAAAGUCAGCAGUCCAGCCUGGGAAACAGAGAAUAUCAGAGGAAGGAAGAGACAGAAGGAGAGAGGCAGAAAAAGAGACAGAGAGAGGAAGAGACAAAGUCAGCAGUCCAACCUGGGAAACAGAGAAUAUCAGAGGAAGGAAGAGACAGAAGGAGAGAGGCAGAAAAAGAGACAGACUGUAAGAGACAGAGAGGAAAAAAGACAAUGA